GGGUGAGGCGGUGCAAACUCCUCCGCCUCACUUUCCUCCUCAUUCUCCUCUUCUCGUAGAUUGUUGUAAUGUAAAAAAGGGCUCUGUGAUGCACUGGGUGAGUCACUUGAGCGAGGGGGAGACGGGGAUAGGAGACGGGGGAGUGAAUUACAGAAAGAUGGUAUCCUCUGGCACUCAAAAAAAGAAUAAGCACCUUAUACUGAACUAAUGCACUUUAUUGAGACGGGAUUUGAAUAGGGUUCGUUCGUUGUUGUUUUUUAUUUUUAUUUUUUAUUUUUUCUCGUUUUAUUUGUUCGGAAUCAAUGCACAUGUGUCGGGUGUGUGCGCGUGUGUGUGAGUGCGCGCGCAUGUGGGCGUGCGUGUGUUGGCUGUACACAGCUGGGGGCCACCCACGUGCAAGGCGGGGGCGGGAACUGGAAGGGGCGGUGGGUGAGCUUCACGUGCGUGCGGACGGUCCAGACGAUGGGCGACUUUUUUCAGGGGGACCUUGUUUGGUUGAACCUUAUCAGAAAGCAAAUCCUUUCUCAAACAAAAAAAAAACAAACACUGUUGAUAUUUCUCUUGUUCAGCAUUUUUUUUACAUUUAUAUAUAAAAGCUAAAGCUAUUGAAAAAUGGAUAAUAAAAAACUUGAAGAUUUGCACUUGCCUAAAAAAAAUAUGAGAAAAAAAAAUACAAAAAAAUGUUAAACAAAUGGGGUUAGUUAUAGAGAUAUUUUUUCGUGAAUGUGGAAGUGUGUGUGUGUGUGCGUGUGUGUGUGUGUGACCGAGCGCAAGCGGUUGUGUGAUAUGGUUGGUGUGUGAUCAAGUACUAUACCAGUCUGCACAAUAUUGUUUUUUGUUUGUUUUAUUUCAUUGCUUACCAAGAUGUAUGAACUAUAAGAGGCCAUUUUUAUUUUUUUGUCUUUCAUUCAGAUAAUUCUUUUUGUAUUCUCAUGUGUAGAAUGUGUGUUCCCCUUUCAUUUUUUUUUACCAAUCUGGGGAGGGGGGGGGACAUUGCUUUGAAUGCAUGGCGAUUCAAUGAGUGAGUGAAUGCGUUAACGGAUGGAUGGGUGACUGCAUGCAGCAGAGGGGAGGGGGCAAUUGCACAACACAUUGUUUUUUUCACCAGCUCUCCAGCCCUCUCCAGAUGUAACCAGUCAUUUGCUAACGUUAGCUUUUUCUUCACGCUCAUCUGAUUGUCGAACCACCACUUUAGUUUGUAUGUAUCCCCCCACCCCUCACACCCCACUCGGGCAACUGUCUUCAGGAACCUGAGGGGUGUGACGGGACUGGGCAAAUCAUGAGGGACAUUAUUUGAUGUGUGAAUGAGACAUGAGCGUGUGCGUGCGCCUGUGUUCAUUUACUGUUAGUACAAUUUAGUUACGACUACAGGUACACAAGGUUGUAUGAGUGUGAUGAAGAGAGAGGGUGUGCAUGCCCUUUUUUUGUAUGCGUAUGAAUGCACAUUUGUGCCUAAGAACUUGGAUAGGUUGAGUGGCCAUUCAGACAUUAACCUUUUUGAGAGAUCGAUUGUGUGUAUGUGUGUGCGUGUGUAUGUCUGUUGGUGCUGAGCACAGCGUAUGUCAAAAAAACAAAACAACAAAUGUACGUGACUUUAUAUCGUAAACAUUUUCUAGUCCAUUCUGGGAGGGGAGGGGCGUUCUGAGAAGGUUAGUCUCGUCUGAUUAUGAUGUGUUUUUUUUUUUGUUUUUGUUUUCUGGUGUGCGAUCGCGUUGCCUUUCGUCAGCUCAGCUCGAACUUGUGAAUGAAAGAAGUCGAGCGUUCUGACGUUUCCGAUAAAAGAGAAGAAAAGCAGAAUACAGCAUCUUGGCGUGCGCGUGUGCACCCCAGGGUGCCCGUGGUGUUCGCAUACUGUGUUACUUCGUUGUUGCAAUUUGAUAAUGACGAGUUUUUCUUUUUUUAAUGAAAAAUAUAUAUGAAUAUAUACAUUAUAUACAAAGUUUAAAAAAAGUAUUUGGACUACGAUAAUGAGCACUUGGGGCUGCUAUUUUUGUUGUUUAUUAUGAUUUAACUAUUUCCUUUUUUUUUUUUUAUUACCGCCAGGUGAAGUGCGUUUGUAUUAUUUCUUUCUUAAGAAAAUAUUGAAUGUAUUCCAAAAAAUAUGGCAAGAUAACCGUGCUGAUACCAGAUAUAUUUUUUUUGUUCUUUUGUCAAAAGAUUUCAAAAAUGUAAACCUACAAAAAAAAGCUUCAAAGACAUGCAAGGUCUUUCUCUUUUUUUUAAACAAAGGAAAAAGAAGGAAGAGAGAAAAAAAAAACUGGCAACUGAUACAGUUGAACAUACUGCCUCUACAAUCCUGGUCGUACUAACGGAGACGAUUUAAUUCAAAGAAAGGACUUUCUAUUCCAUACUAGAGCUGUGGUCGUUUACAACCCGCAUGGAUUUCCGUGGGUGGAGUUUUACUUUAUUUUUGUUCAGUUUGACUUUACUUUCUUGUUUUCUUUUCCCUGUCAUGGGUUGGGCUUUGCAAGUGUGCUUCUGCCAUCGAGACAUUGACUGGUGACGCUUUGAAAAAAACACAGAAUCCCAAUAAGACAUUAAGAAUUAUAUAUGUAUAUAAAUAUAUAUAUAUAGAUAUAUUGGACUCCUGUUCGCCUUGGUCGUUCUGAAGAGGAGGAGGAGGAUGAAGAGACUUAACGAUCAACAUGGAGCUGUGUUGGGAGGGGACAACGGCAGAAACAAAUCAAAGAUUGUCUUCAUUUUUUGUGAAGAGUGCAGACCUGAAGCCAGUCACGGAGUGGGGGGUCGGCAGUGCGGCGGUUAAGAGAGGCGGUCCUAGGAUGGCGGUCCCGCCGGCUCCGCCUCCCCCUCCGCCCUCACGAAGGCACUCGCCCUGCCCUCCACAACUCACCUAUGCACUUUUUGUUCAGACAAGCUGUGAGGUACCGAUUUGGGGACGGGGAGCACAAUUUCAAAAAAAGACAACUAACAGGAGGUUGAACAGCCCGGGGCUUUCCUCGGCCGAAAAAAAAAACGAGAGAUUCCCAACUUUAUGAAAAACAAGAGACUUGACAAAGAAGAGCAUCUUCUUACACCUCCUGUACAUACUUAUUUUUUUAAUAACCUUUCGAGAGAGCGGGUGAGAAAAAAAUACGAAAGAACGGAUGAAGGAAAAUUCAUGAGACAUUGAGAGUAAUGAAUGUUCUUCGACUUAACCAACCCCCUUUUUCCUUUUUGAUUUCUAGUCUACGAUAAACGCGAUUUUUGUGAAGGGGAUCUCUUUAUACGUCUGCUUUCCCUGCUUCUAUAGAGCAAGAGAAUCAACGAAUGAAAGGGAGAGAGACGGCACCACUUAGACUGAAGGGUUCUGGGGACAUACUGUAGUGCCCCGCCCCGCACCGGGAAGGUGACCCGUCUGGUCGUCUGGAAGGGUCGCCCCACAGAGGAGGUGCUGUUCAACACAGGCCGCCCCCAGGCCGAGGGCUCUCGUCCUGCUCCUACAGACCAGAGGAAGAGCUACGGGACGAGAGGGGGGGCGUGAUUGAAAGGCGUGGGGUGGGUUAGGGGCCCUCCUCCUACCGCCUCACCUGCCCGGAGUAACGGGAUUGGAUCAGCUGGAAAGAAACCGUGAUGUUGGGUUGCGGUCCAGUGGCUGUUAAGAUGCGAGCCACCCUUUAAGAAGAUCCACUGGCCGCCCUGGUAUUAAAGCCCCAGCCCCUGUCCUCCUAAACCGAAGACCACCCCGCCCCGACAUGUUGACCGUGAACCGGACUAAUCAUUGGCUUUGUAAAGACCGGCCACCGGGUCUCAUCUGUGAUGGUGCUAGUCGAGGUCUCGGGACUUGAACCUCAGGCCGAGUCCGGAACGCAGGAGACGCCAAGAAUGGACGUCUUUUACAUUUCUUUUUCAAAUUGAGGCUGGGGUGGAAUUCUUCUUCCGUGACCCGGAGAAGACGGGUGUGGGGGACGGAUGGCGGUAGGUGUGGAGGUCUUCCCCACCCUAGGGAAGCGACUUGGGGACGGGCGGGUCGGGGUCUUGUGUUCGGUGGACUUUGUGUCAUAACAUCCUGGCUGGCUUAAAUACCGGCCGAGCUGAACUGUUGUAUAAAACAAUAAUAAUGUGUACAAAAAGAUGUUAACAAAAAAAAGCAAGAGACUUCUCAACGGGACUUCGGGUCCCUUUAGUUCCUUGGUUUUUACACUGAUUUACAUCUAGGUUCUGUUGACACAAACACUCAAACACACACCAUUUACACUUAAUCUCACACACAUACAUUUACACAUAAAACAUUUACACAUCCCCCACAUACCACUUACACAUCUCAAACAAAUACACUCACACACAUAAUUUAAUCAGCUCACACAAUUAACACAUCUCAAACAAACACCCACACAUCUCUCAAACACAUUUGUACCCCUAAAACAUCGCACACAAAAUAUAAAUCUCACACACAUACAUUUACACAGCCCACACACACACAUAGCAUUUACACAUCUCGCAUACCAUUUACACAUCUCAAUCACAUAUCAUUCACACAUCUCAAACACAGACAUUAAAACUCAUACAACAGUAAUUGCAACAAAACCCGUAAAAGCAGAGGCGCUUGCUAGAUAUAAACCGAAGCAUUGUGCUUUGUAAAUAAUGUAAAUGUUAUCGUGUUAUUUUUCUUUCUUUUUUUCAUUUUGUUUCCUUCUCUCCUAGUAAGUUUCUGUUCUGUUAAGUAUUUGUUCAACAUGCCUUAAAAAGUAAGAAAUUCCUGGAUGGCAAAUUGAAAAUGUUCCUCGGAACGAUUGACAAAUUUAAGUUUGAAAUCACCUUGACAAUUAUUUUAGAUUUUUGUUAGGAGAUGGAAGAAAACAUGUCAAAACUAGUGACUGUUUGUUGGUUGGACAACAUAACAUGACACAACACAACAUGUUGUCUGUGCCAUGUUAACAAGGGACUUUGUACAUUUGGCCAGCAUCGUUUGGGCUAUCAUGGCAAACUGUCCCUUUUUAAUUUCUGAUUCGGGAGAGGGUUAUGGGUGGCAUUAUUUCCAUUGUUUCUAUGUUUUUAGUUUUCUUUCUUGUUUUCCUUUAUUAAAUACGAUUUUUUUUUUGUUCCAUUUUCCAAUGUUGGGAACACAGUCGUGAAGGUGCAUGCCUGUGAUUGGAGUGUGUACAAACAGUGUGUACAAACUGUUUGUACACAGUGUGUACAAACACGAGCUGCGCUGAUUGGGCGAUGACAGACAGAGAGAAACAUCAGAGGUUAGAACUUGGAAAAUGGACAGAAAAUACAUGUACAUAGUUUGGGUUUUGUUUGAAUAAUGAAUACUAAAUAAAAUGGCAUUUAACCUUGAUUUAAAUAGUUUGUUUCAGUUCUGUCUCCACGCCUGUGGUUGAUAAAACUGCCACACAAAGCACAAAUAUAGAACAAUUGUAUUUUCUUUUUUACUUCAAUCAUACCGAAUUAUCCCUAUAAAGUAUAUGGAAUACAGGGACUCACUAUAACACAUGAAUGCGAUAAAAAUACUUUAUUAAUAAUACAGCUAUUAUAUGGAAAACAUCUUGAGAAUAUUCUUUCAAAGAAACCUACAUAGAGUUCUGGCUGUUAUCGCGUCAUCGCGCCAAAUCUCGCGAUAGUUUAGAGCGGAACACAUGGCUGCCUGGUGGAGUGUUUACAACUUCAUUACGAGUUGGUGAAUAAAUACGGUCGAAGCUUUUCUCAAGCCGGAUGCAAGUAGUGUAAGAAUCGACUGACCCAUGAGAGGAGAAACUCUGUUCAUUAAAGUCAAAGAAGAGGCCAGGCUGAUCACAACACACUCGAGGUAGCAGCAGUUAGCAACCGCUAAAGCUAGUAGAAGCCAGUGUUGCCAGAUUGGCAACACAAAUAAUCUAGCGACACUGGAGCGCUUGUGCUGGGAUGUCCCCGUCCUCCGUCCGCCUCAGACACCCUCACUGUCGUAAGAAGCGAGGCUACAGCACCUACUACCUCACCGUCGUCUGAUACGCGAAGAACUGACAGACUGCUUGGGUUGGGUCAUACAGACUGUUGGAAGAGCUUUGAAGAAGAAGAUGUCAGUCGAAGGAGGAGUUGGGAUUGAGAGCGGGCAGGACACAGAGGCGGACAGCGAACCCCCUCACAGUGCUCCGGUGGCACCCCCCGAAUGCGUGGGUGUGGAACACGGUGAGUCCCUGGAGGAAGGGGGCUUUGCGUACGCCAAGCGUGCAAGGCUGACUGACGAAGAGCUGGUGUUUGUGGAUCCCGCUGACGGGCAAGCACCACUGGCUGUCGAGGAGGACCCAGUCCAACCAGCGCCAGCCGACCCCCUCAGAGGGCAGGGAGACCAGGAGGAGAAGGAAGUGGGGGUUGGUGGACCGGAGGAGAAGGAGUGUCCCCACAAUGGAGUCGGCGUCCCUGAUGAGACGCCCCAACAGAAGGAGGAGCAGAGGGAGGAGGCUCCAGAGGGGAAGCCAGACGACAGUCCAACUGAAGUAGUACAGCAGCUGGCACUGGACUUCAGCCGAAGCCCCCAGUAUCUGACGGGCUCCUGCGCCGAGUACUCACACUACCCUGAAAACUACCUCAAGGGCGUCAAAUGGGCCCCGGACGGCUCCUGCGUCCUGACCAACAGUGCGGACAACGUGCUGCGGCUCUACAACCUCCCGGCUGAGGUCUACAGCUACGACUGGGACCUGCUCACUGAGAUGAGUCCAGUGCUGAGGAUGCCGGAGGGCGACACCAUCUACGACUAUUGCUGGUACCCCAAGAUGAACUCCCUGGACCCCGAGUCCUGCCUUCUGGCCAGCAGUAGCCGCGACAACCCGGUGCACGUGUGGGACGCGUUCUACGGCGAGGUGCGGGCCAACUACCGACCCUACAACCACCUGGACGAGCUGUCGGCCGCCCACUCGCUCUGCUUCACGCCCGACGGCACGCGCCUCUACACCGGCUUCGACAAGAUGGUGCGCGUCUUCCACACGGACCGGCCCGGCCGCGACUGCGAGGAGAGGCCCACCUUAGUGAAGAAGCAGGGUCAGGGGGGCAUCAUCUCCUGCCUGGCGGUCAGCCCGUGCAUGGAGGUGUACGCCUGCGGCUCCUACUCCCGCACCGUGGGCCUCUACUCGUGCCAGGACGGCACGCCCCUCGCCAUGCUGCCCGAGCGCCACCGCGGGGGGGUCACCCACCUGCUCUUCUCCCCCGACGGGAACCACCUGUACACGGGCGGACGCAAGGACCCUGAGGUCCUGUGCUGGGACCUGAGGCAGGCGGACCGGGUGCUGUUCUCCCUGCAGAGGAACGUGGACACCAACCAGCGCAUCUACUUCGACAUGGACCGCUCUGGCGGGUACCUGCUGAGUGGUGACACAGAGGGGCUGGUGUCUGUGUGGGACACCCAGGCGGCUCCCCCUAGUGGCAGCGAGGAGCCACUCCACCCCCUGCUGCAGUUCCACGCCCACCGCGACUGCACCAAUGGCAUCAGUGUCCACCCCUUCAUGCCCUUGCUGGCCACCGCCAGUGGUCAGCGGCAGUUCUCCGGACCGGGGGACAGCAGCGGCAGCGAGGGAGACUCCGCCUCCGACGGCGAGGGGCGGGACAAGGGAGCGGCGUCAGCCGACGACCGACCGGACAACACCCUGAGCCUGUGGUGGGCCGGACCCCUAGGCCCCGCCCCCGAGGUGGAGGAGGGGGAGGGGGGGGCUGCGGGCCGAGAGCCCCAGCCCGACCCGUCCCCCAUGGAGGCCUAGGGACCCCGGGACCCCCGUCGCACCCCCAUCUCCAUGCGUCCCCUUCCCAGCUCGUCCCACGAUCACUAGGGGGUCUGUGGUUGGUAGGCUGAAGUAGUUGCUGUUGGAAUACAUGGAGAGAAUUAACGGAAUUUCAGAUCCCUGCUUUCUAUUUAUUUUUCUUUGUUUUGGGAGUCUCUCUCGCUCUCUCUCGCUCUCCCCUUCCCUUAUGCCUGGGCUGUUUUUGAAUCGGGGAGCUUUUCCCUUUUAAAGGCCUUGAGAAUAGAGAGAAUGUUUUUCCACCCCAACAUCUACCCUUUCAACAGCCCUCACCUGACUGCCUGCGUUGGACGGCUGACGACCAGAGCCACAGUCGGUCGUCCAUGCAGGCCGUUUCUGCGGCGGGGUGAACAUUGCCCGCCACAUGUCCCUUGUGACAGCUUGGACAAGCCCUCUCUAAGCCUCACUUCAACGACCUCAUUCGCUCCCGCGGCCAGCGGUUCCACUCAUUGUUUCUCUCGAGUCGUGCCGUCAAAGCCGUAACGCUGAGAAUGUACUCGGACACCGAAAAAGUAUGUAAUUUUUUAUUAACUCCCACAGACCGGUUGUCAUGACAACCGAGGGGAAACACAGGGCAUAAUCUCCCUCAUUUCAAUGGAAUCUGGAUUUAAUGACCGAUAAUUACUCCUCUUGCCUACAUCAGUGACUUCGACACUCUCCACAGAGUCCUGACAAACAGGAAAUGCCAACUGAUACCAAGCUUAUGGUUUUCCUGGCUUUAAUGUGUUGAUGUUGUUUUUGUUUAUUAGUAUUGGGGGAGCUGUUGUUGUCAGGGUGCCUGCAGUUGGCGGGCUAUAAAAAUAUAUUUUUAUAAAAGACAAGGCAGAAAUCAUGGACGGUUUGUAUCAAUUUGCUGUUCACAGCUUGUUUUCUUUGACCUAAUAGCAAUCUUUCAACAGAUGCUGUGCGUGUGUCUGUUUAAUAAAUCUUUGAUUGUUUUUUAAUGUGGUCUAUUGUCAAGUAAAUCACAAUUCU